AUGGCCUACUACGGUGAACCCUCAGGCUACAGCCGUCCUCCCUACGAGGACCGCCCUCCAUACGACCGCCCUGCGUAUGACCGUCCCUACGAGCGUCCACCAUAUGAGAGACCUCCGUACGACCGUCCUCAGUACGAGCGUCCUCCGUAUGAACGCCCUCCCUACGAAAGACCCCCCUACGAAUCCGAACGUUCCUACGACUCCCGAACCCCCUACGAAAGACCCCCUUACGAAUCCGAACGCUCCUACGACUCCCGGCCCCCAUACAGCGCGCCCCCGCCGUCCGCCCGGCCUCCCGCUGUCCCGCCGCCGCCGCUCCCCCUCGGCUGGGUGCAGGAGUGGGAGCCCAGCGUGCGCCGCGCCUUCUUUGUUGAGACUGCCACCGGCCACUCGCAGUGGGAGAUGCCCCUGGUCGACUCGCAGUAUGCCACGCGCGAGAUGCCGCCUCCGGCCGCGCCCCCCGUCGGUGGGUACUACCAGGAGGCGCCCCCGCCGCCCCAGGGCUACUACGAGGGAGAGCCGCAGAAGGAGAAGAAGGAUGAUAGCAUGAAGAAGGCGAUGAUGGGUGGUGCGAUUGGUCUUGCGGCUGGUGCUGCGAUUGGUGCGUUCGCUAUGCAUGAACAUGAUGAGCAUGAAGAGGAGGAGAGAGAAGAAGAGAGAGAGGCGUGGUCUGGUGGGGAGAGUGAUUAG